UUUAAAUUAAAGCAACAAAAUAAAUUAAAUGGAACAGAACUUGCAGAGAAAAUAUUAAAACAAAAUGUUUUCAAAAUGGCAUUGGAAGAGAUAAAAAUAAAUAAUUCUCCAAAAAAAUUAGAAAAUAGUGGGAAUUUUGAAAAUAAUUUAAAUGAAAAGUCUUUACCAUCAACACUUUUACAAAAUAAUUUAACAAGCAAAUCUACAACAACAAUAUCAAUUCAAAAUAAUUUAAAGAAAAAAGAGAAAACAGAAAAACAAAAACUUUUAAAACAAAAUGCUUCGUUAACUGUGCCACAAUAUCCUUUUGAGAUGUAUGCAGCAGGGGAACAAUUUUCGCGACAAGAAGAAGAAUUUCAACAGUUAAUUCAGGGAGCUAAAAGACGUGGUCCAAGAACAACAAUUAGCCAAGAACAAUUAGAUAUGCUAAAUACAAUGUUUACAAACAAUCCAAAACCCUCAAAACAUGCACGUGCAAUAUUGGCAAAAAAUUCAGGAUUGAGUAUGCGCGUAAUUCAGGUUUGGUUUCAAAAUCGCCGCAGCAAGGAACGCCGUUUAAAGCAUUUAUGUAAUUUUUUAAGACAUUGUGAUGAUGGAAGUAUAAAAAAUAUAAGUAAUGAAGAUAUCAGUAAUGAUGAAAUAUUAAUUAUUGAAUAA